AUGACGCAGCCUUCCAUCACCAAUUUUGAACCUCGAGCCAAUUCUGAAUCAACAUCACCUACAUCUAAUUCGUCACCGCCUCCCAAUGUCAAUAAUAACUCCAAUGGCUCAGAUUCACAAUUGUUGUCGCAAAAAUAUAAAAGAAACUAUAGAGCAUGUCUUAAUUGUCGAGUACGAAAAGUGAAAUGCGAUUUGGGACCAGUAGAUAGCCCCCAUGAGGGAAAGUGUGCUCGGUGUCUCAGGGAAAGAAAAGAUUGCGUAUUCGUUGAAAGUAAACGUGGUGGUGCAUCCAAUGUUAUCAAUGGCAAACGCAAAAAGCAAAAAACUGAGAUACUGGAAGGAAAUAGAAAUUCGGAUGGAAGUGUUUCUCCGAGAUUCGCAAAAAGCCCAAAUCCUGAGAAAGUGGAUUAUAGUGGUAGCUUUAGCGGCAGUAGUGGUGCCACUUCUGGUGAUGUAGCUUCUGUUGGUGCCACUGGUGGUGCUACUGCUACUGUUGGUGAAGAAAUAUCUCGUUAUCUGGAGUAUAAACCAGCGAGUCGGGCAAGUAACACAAGAACAAUGCCAUACGCUAUUGUUACAACGAAUCUUCCAGGUGUGAGCAGUAUCUUGACAAGUAAUUCACCUCAACUAUCGUCACAUAUUCACAAUAAUCAAAAUAACCGUAUUAACCAUAACACCUACGACCCACAUCAUUAUAAUCAACUUCAGCAUCUGCACCAGCGGCAACUGACGCCUCCGUUUACUCCUAAACCCCCUAAUCUCCCAGUAACAUCUCUCCAGCUGCUGCAGAGAUUUCAACUGUCGAGAGACGAACCACAGCCCAACAAGAGCCCUCGAGGCACUUUUGCAACAAUGGAAGGCGCAUUGGUAUUCUUGGCGAGUGCAGCAGGAACAAUUGCAAAAGCUGAUGAGCGAGAUAAUAUCGAUGCUAGAGCUAGGUAUGAACAGAUUGAAGCCAUUUCAGGAUCGCAAAGUCAUCGAUCAAGCGUAGAUGACGGUAACAAUCGUGCAAAAUUGCAAAGUGUAAGCGGAAAGGUGGUGCCUGUGACUACGGGGCUCGAGGUACACGGGAAUAAUAAAGGACAAAUGGGUUCAAAUGUAGAAAACAAAGGAGUAGAACAAGAAGAAUAUGAAAAUACAGGAGAAGAACAAAAAGGAACAAAAGAUAAACAAAAAGGUGCAAGAGGCGAAAAGUUGCAAGAGGUAGAAGAAGGAGGCACAAGUCGAAUUGGUAAUACUCAUUCCGGUAACAACAACAACGGUUAUGCAAAUAUGAAACAUCCGGGAUUGCCACACAAGUCCAGUGUGCCGCACUAUAUACCUCCGAAUGUAGGUUCCAAAAGAAUGAGUAUGCCUCCUGCCGAGAAUGGAUAUGUUGUUCGUCCAAAGGCGUCUACCAAAUUAUCCAAUAUUGAUUAUAUUGGACCUGCGCCAAAUGGAAUUCUUACAGAAGCAGAGGCCGAACGUCUCAUCAACUUGUUUUUUACCACGAUGCACCCUUUUUUCCCGCAUAUUCCCAAAUUCCUUCAUUCCCUGAAAGUCCUUGCUGGUUAUCCGAUUCUCUUGUGUGCAAUCUUGACCAUUGCCGCGCGGUAUCAUCCUUUUGAGAAUAACGUUUCCAGUGCUAGUGGAGGCAAUGUUCCGCGAAACAUUGAAGUUCAUGAUCGGUUGUGGUUGUAUGUGCAGAGACUUAUAUCGCAAACUGUUUGGGCUGAGGCAAGCACAAGAUCUAUUGGAACGAUAUUUGCGUUUUUAUUGUUUACUGAAUGGAAUCCAAGAGCCAUUCAUUGGAGAUGGUCUGACUAUGCAAAUAAAGCUGAGGAGCCAUCUGAAGCAGAUUCAAGAGAUGUGUGCAAGAAUUCAAGUUCUGGUGUUGAUGCCAGUAGUGGUAGUGCCAAUACCAAUACCAAUACCAAUACAAGUGCAGGUGCAGGUGCAGGUGCUUCUGCGGCAAACGCUUCUGGUAAUUCUGGUGCUCUGAAUAACCUUGCUGGUUUGGGAGCAAUGAGACGAAGCCAUCGUAUGGCGUGGAUGUUGAUUGGCAGCGCAGUUAGAUUAGCCCAAGAUAUGGGGAUAAUGGAGAUGAGCUCCAAAGUGUUGAUUGCAACUCAUAUUGCUGAGAUCAAUUCCGUUAUGGAUAUAUCCCGAAGGUCGAUGCUUGCGCAUUCACUUUCAGAAAUUGAGUUUGAUGAAGAUGAUAUUUCGGAAGAAGAUAUGGAGUUGGUUGAGGAGGAUGAGGAUGAUGACUACAAUAUCAUGAAGUUGACAGAGGAAGAAUUGAAGAAAAUUGCUAGCGAGCAUACUUUUAAAUUCACCAGAGCUCAAAAGGCGCAAAUUGAAUUGUUGCAGAUUAUGUCUUUGGGACAUGAGUCCUUUUAUGGCUACAAGUCUCAGUUGGGCCAAUUAUCUCAAAGGCAGAAUUUGUCGGUUUUGAACAUCAUUAGUCCUCUUAUCAACAAUUGGAAUAGAAAGUAUAAACUGUUUUUAAUCCCGUCAAAUGCCAAAAUUGCCAAGCAUGUUUCGUCUAGCUUCCAACACCAAAUGUUGAAACCAAACACCAAGAUAUCCAAUGAAAUUCGAGAUGCGAUUAAGCAAGAGUCUUUUAUUUUUGAGUUCAACUAUGUCAAAUUGUACAUUUACUCCCUUGCCUUGAGUCCCUCGCCUAGGAAUGUCAAAAAGAAUCUGCUGAAUCUGCACCAUUCUCGAGGGAACUCGUUAAAGUUGGAUGAAAUGUCGAAAUCUGCCAAGUUUAUAGAGCAGGCGUUCAAUGCUGCCAACGAGAUGUUGAAUGCUGCGCAUAGGGUUCAUAAAUUCAAAAUGUUGCGGUUUAUGCCUGUUCGUUGGCUUACUAGAAUGGUUAGAGCAGUUGCAUUUAUAGUCAAAUGCUAUUUAACAAUCACCGCACACAAGAGCUCUUCGAGCGUUGCUCUGAAUAAAAUUGGGUCUAUAUUUGGUAAUAAAUCGGCGGAGAUAUAUGAUCCCACUGUCUUGUCGUUUAGUUUGAUUAGUCUUGAUGAUAUAUCGCAGUCUAUUCAUCGUGCAGCUUUGACAUUGAGAGAUUGUUCACCCGAUGAAUUGCAUUUGUGUACGAGGUAUUCGAAUGUGUUGAUGUAUUUGUAUUCGGAGAUGAAGACGAAGAAAAACGAAAGUGAGGAAGCCGAUAAUGAGGAAGCGAGGGGAAUGAAUAUGGAACGAACACAACAAAAUGGAAGUACUGUACAAUGGAGAUCCGCUGCAAUGGGUGCUAGAAAAGAUAUUCGAGAUCAAAUGUUACAACAAGCACAAGCACAACAACAACAGCAGCAGCAGCCACAGCAACAAGAACAAGAACAAGCACCAGAGCAAGUGCAACAAUUGAAUAACGGUAAAGACUAUGGAGCAGCUCAUGAUGUAUCGCAACAUAUCCAACCUUUGCCUCAAGCAAACCAACAAACUCUUCCGGCUUUCCAAUAUAGUGCUCCCAUCUACUAUCCACAAGCCGUUCAGCCAACGCAAUCUAAUAAUGCCUCGACAUCAGUGGACGACACUUUUCCAUAUGGUCCAUAUUUCAAGCAUCCUGUUAGUGAGCCUACUUCGGCAUCAUUAGCAGGCAUUGAUACUACUACUACUACUACUACUACUGAUAUUUCCAAUGCGGCGAAUAAUGCUAUUGCUACUACCACUGGUACUGCUCCUGUCACUGAUACGGUUUCUCAUACAGAAGCAGUGGUAACACAAUUGGGUCAAGUACAGCAGUCUAGUGUAGAUGUCGGAGCCAGCUCGGCACAGAAUGUGUAUACUUCUCGCGAGACGGGUACUCCACAUUCUACUGCGACUACUACUAAUUCUAAUACUAAUACUAAUUCUAAUACUAAUACUAAUACUUCUACACCCUUGGCAAAUAUAUUUGGUGAUGCUGCUAAUGAUACUAGCACGAAUGCUGCAGCAACCGGAGCGUCUGCCAAUACAGGAGGGUUUGGAGAUAGCGAAGUUAUGGAUUGGUUUAUGAAUAAUCGUAAUAUAGGGUUGGAUUUCGUUGCACCGUGGACGGAGAUGAUUGAGCAGCAAUUGAACUUGAAUGAUCAAUUUAACUUUUGA